AUGGAUAGCCUGGAUGGCUAUCUCCAGGUUCCUCCGGAUCGGAGCCAAAUUUUAGGCAGGCAAUCGUGGAAGUGGAAUUAUCACGACAUUGACUUGCUCCAGACACGGUAUAUUGUCGUUGGUCCUUGCGCAGCAUCCGGCAAAAGCUGGCAAGGAAGCUCCGGCUUCUGUCAGAGGCCUCGCGGGAACAGUGUCCUGCCAAAGCCUCUCACGAAAACUGCGACGGAUGAGCUCUACCUAUCUGUCUACAAGUCGAAAGAGGAUUCGGAGCCGAUGCAGAAAUGGCGGCUUGGCGAUAUUUCCGACUGUGAAGUCCAAUCAGUUUCGCACCGUAAACAGGCUCCCGUGCUACCAACACUUGUCAUCACCAUUUCCGAUACUCAGCGGAAACGCCGGUCCAGUCGAGCAACGGGCUUCAUUUCAACGAAUAAAGAUUCUAGCGCGACUAUACUGUUGUUUCGCACUCCGCCUCAUGAUGAUGACCAUAUCAGUCUUGAGGAAUGGUCGCGCGUCAUCAACACAAGGAAGGCCUCCGCAAUCGCUAUCGGAAACCCCAUGUCACCCAUGUUUACGUCGCCUUUUCAAACACGGCCCAAUGAGAUUUCUGAGUCCCAUCCUCGUCCCAGCAGCAGCAGCCGUGGCCUUCAGCAUAAGAGCUCUACCGCUACGUAUUCCACAGGCCCCUGGGACCGUUCCUUCACCUUUAGUUCCGAGUCCCCUAGUCUGCGAUCGAAACGAAGCGACCUUUCGUCUCCCUCCAGCCACACUCAUCUGACUCAAAACGGGUCGUACCCUAUUCCGGAACAGCAUUAUACCACCAUUAUGCCAGGCGACAUAGUAGCGUCGAGUCCAAACGGAGAGUAUCAAGGCCAGUUCAUCGAGGGAUGGGCGGCAACUCAGCGUCGCUUCUCCGCGAUGACUUCUCCGAUACGGGGCAGGAAUAGCAUAAGCUCACAAUCGCAGCAACGAUCUAUACUAGAUGUCGCAUCACCCCCUGCCCCUGGAGAGUCAAUCUUGGACCGGGCCUUCCAACUCGGACAAAUUCCUGGGGCCAGGUCCUUGGUACCCGGCGAAGAAAAUCUCAGUUCUAUCGCGCGAUUUGAUGCUCUGAUGCGUGAUACCGAGGAAAGAAGACGCAGACGAGAGACCAUUCACCGAAUCCGGCAGACAGGGACCCGGGUCGCUGUCGACCACGACGGCAAGACAAUAGAGGACCGGAACGAGGACGGCAAAGACUUGGAUGAAUCCGAGUCGGAUAGUGAUGCAUUCCCUCCGAAUCUGUUCCGGAAUGAGGAGCUUAGUGCAACACCCAUGUCGCCAUCUACCCAACGAGCACUGGCGUACAUAGCUGAACGUCAUGAACAGCGUCCGCCAAUGUCAAGAACCCAUCUCAGCUUCCACGCAGGCAUUGCUUCAGCGCCAGCGCCAGCGCCGGUGUUAGCUUCACGCCCACAUACCGCUUAUGCCAAGAGCGGUCCAAAUGCCUCACCAGGACAGACUGCAUCUCACAUGAUUCCCACAGCCACAACUACUUUGACUUUACUUCCAUCGCCCCGGGAGGAAGACCACGGUCGUUCGACCCGAAGUACAGAAAAACUCUGCUCCAACUCGAGUUCGAAGAGGUCGAGCUUCACGGAAUUCACCAAGAGGCUGUCUAGCACCAGCAGCUUAUUGCUAGGCCAGACCAACACGAGUGGAGCGAGCAGUCAUGUGAGCAGCGACGAAGCCGACACCCAGAACUGCUCGUCUGCUCCACGGACGAAUCUUGGUCUCCGCGGCAGUGGCGCUUCCCCGCGACCCAGGGACAGGUAUGACCAGGACAGGCGUUGCGGCUGGAGAGGCAGCGUCAGUAUGGUACGCCCAGAGGGAGCGUUUACUUUUAUGAAGUGA